AUGGAGUUUAACAUGUUGCCCCAGAAUGCGUUAAACGCCGGCCGAUUCUGUAUAUUCACAGGCGACGCCGACGGUGCCAUAUACGUUGAGGACAGCGUAAACAUAAAUGUCAUCGCAAAGUUGCGAGAAAUGGGACACACUGUCUACCCAAUAUCCAAAUUCGGUGAGAAGAAAUCUGUGGCAUACACGGUGGAGUCUCGUCGUGAAAUUACUAUUGAACGGGUCAAAGACAAGGCGAAACUGGAUCUGGAUCGAGGCUGUUUUGGCAAAGGUGUGAUUAUCGAGAGACGCGAAGGAGGUAGAGUUCUGUGCGGUGGAGCUGACCCGCGAGGGGAUGGUGUCGCCUUGGGUUGGUAG